UCCAUUCCCCACUUGCUGUCAAGUUCAGAAGCCUUCUGGCAGACACUGGAGCCACGAUGAAGCCCCCAAGGCCUGUCUGUACCUGCAGCAAAGUUCUGGUCCUGCUUUCACUGCUGGCCAUCCACCAGACCACCACUGCCGAAAAGAAUGGCGUCGACAUCUACAGCCUCACCGUGGACUCCAGGGUCUCAUCCCGAUUUGCCCACACGGUCGUCACCAGCCGAGUGGUCAAUAGGGCCCAUACUGUGCAGGAGGCCACCUUCCAGAUGGAGCUGCCCAAGAAAGCCUUCAUCACCAACUUCUCCAUGAUCAUCGAUGGCAUGACCUACCCAGGGAUCAUCAAGGAGAAGGCCGAAGCCCAGGCACAGUACAGCACAGCAGUGGCCAAGGGAAAGAGCGCUGGCCUCGUCAAGGCCACCGGGAGAAACAUGGAGCAGUUCCAGGUGUCAGUCAGUGUGGCUCCCAAUGCCAAGAUCACCUUUGAGCUGGUCUAUGAGGAGCUGCUCAAGCGGUGUUUGGGGGUGUACGAGCUGCUGCUGAAAGUGCGGCCCCAGCAGCUGGUCAAGCACCUGCAGAUGGACAUUCACAUCUUCGAGCCCCAGGGCAUCAGCUUCCUGGAGACAGAGAGCACCUUCAUGACCAACCAGUUGGUAGACGCCUUCACCACCUGGCAGAAUAAGACCAAGGCUCACAUCCGGUUCAAGCCAACACUUUCCCAGCAGCAAAAGUACCCAGAGCAGCAAGAAACAGUCCUGGACGGCAACCUCAUUAUUCGCUAUGAUGUGGACCGGGCCAUCUCCGGGGGCUCCAUUCAGAUCGAGAACGGCUACUUUGUACACUACUUUGCCCCCGAGGGCCUAACCACAAUGCCCAAGAAUGUGGUCUUUGUCAUUGACAAGAGCGGCUCCAUGAGUGGCAGGAAAAUCCAGCAGACCCGGGAAGCCCUAAUCAAGAUCCUGGAUGACCUCAGCCCCAGAGACCAGUUCAACCUCAUCGUCUUCAGUACAGAAGCAACUCAGUGGAGGCCAUCACUGGUGCCAGCCUCAGCCGAGAACGUGAACAAGGCCAGGAGCUUUGCUGCCGGCAUCCAGGCCCUGGGAGGGACCAACAUCAAUGAUGCAAUGCUGAUGGCUGUGCAGUUGCUGGACAGCAGCAACCAGGAGGAGCGGCUGCCCGACGGGAGUGUCUCACUCAUCAUCCUGCUCACCGAUGGCGACCCCACUGUGGGGGAGACUAACCCCAGGAGCAUCCAGAAGAACGUGCGGGAAGCUGUAAGUGGCCGGUACAGCCUCUUCUGCCUGGGCUUCGGCUUCGACGUCAGCUAUGCCUUCCUGGAGAAGCUGGCACUGGACAACGGCGGCCUGGCUCGGCGUAUCCAUGAGGACUCAGACUCCGCCCUGCAGCUCCAGGACUUCUACCAGGAAGUGGCCAACCCACUGCUGACAGCAGUGACCUUCGAGUACCCAAGCAAUGCCGUGGAGGAGGUCACUCAAAACAACUUCCGGCUCCUCUUCAAGGGCUCAGAGAUGGUGGUGGCUGGGAAGCUCCAGGACCAGGGGCCUGAUGUGCUCACAGCCACAGUCAGUGGGAAGCUGGUGAGUGUGGCCAAAGCCACCCUGGAGGGGAACGGCAGCCUCCACCUCUGCAGCCAGAGGGGCUGCACUCAAAUCCCAGACCUGCCCAGCUCCAGCUUUCCCCUCUGCUGCCUGUGGAUGACACAGGGGCAUGGCAGGGAUUCAAUGAGACAGUGGAGUGAUUCUCAUGAGACCAGCACAUACAGGCUCUCGGCAGCCGGUCUGUGCACCUGCGAGCACAGGAAAUGCAGUCCCCACAGUCAGCGUGUGGGACCUGCCCCAGCUCCAAUCAUGGAAGAGCUCAGAAGUACCAGGCCAGAUGCGGAUGUCCGGCCCUCACUGCUCCUGCCCUGGCUGGGCCCCUCUUUCCAGCCUACACAGAACAUCACUUUCCAAACGGAGUCCAGCGUGGCAGAGCAGGAGGCGGAGUUCCAGAGUCCCAAGUAUAUCUUCCACAACUUCAUGGAGAGGCUCUGGGCAUACCUGACUAUCCAGCAGCUGCUGGAGCAAACUGUCUCCGCAUCCGAUGCUGAUCAGCAGGCCCUCCGGACCCAAGCGCUGAAUUUAUCACUUGCCUACAGCUUUGUCACGCCUCUCACAUCUAUGGUAGUCACCAAACCCGAAGACCAAGAGCAGUCUCAAGUUGCUGAGAAGCCCGUGGAAGGCGAAAGUAGAAACAGGAAUGUCCACUCAGGUUCCACUUUCUUCAAAUAUUAUCUCCAGGGAGCAAAAAUACCAAAACCAGGACUUGACCACACAGAAGCUUCCUUUUCUCCAAGAAGAGGAUGGAGUAGACAAGCUGGAGCUGCUGGCUCCCGGAUGAAUUUCAGACCUGGGGUUCUCAGCCCUGGGCAACUUGGACUCCCAGGACCUCCUGAUGCUCCCGACCGUGCUGCUUUCCACCCCUUCCGCCGUCUGGCCAUCUCACCACCAGCCACCUCAAAUCCUGAUCCAGCUGUGUCUCGUGUCAUGAAUACCAAAAUCGAAGAAACAACCAUGACAGCCCAAAGCCCAGCCCCCAUACAGGCUCCCUCUGCCAUCCUGCCACUGCCUGGGCAGAGCGUGGAGCGGCUCUGUGUGGACCCCAGACACCGCCAGGGGCCAGUGAACCUGCUCUCAGACCCUGAGCAAGGGGUUGAGGUGACUGGCCAGUAUGAGAGGGAGAAGGCUGGGUUCUCAUGGAUCGAAGUGACCUUCAAGAACCCCCCAGUACGGGUUCACGCAUCGCCUGAACACGUGGUGGUGACUCGGAACCGAAGAAGCUCUGCGUACAAGUGGAAGGAGACGCUGUUCUCAGUGAUGCCCGGCCUGAAGAUAACCAUGGACAAGACAGGUCUCCUGCUGCUCAGUGACCCAGACAAAGUGACCAUCGGCCUGUUGUUCUGGGAUGGCCGUGGGGAGGGGCUCCGGCUCCUUCUGCGUGACACUGACCGCUUCGCCAGCCAUGUUGGAGGGACCCUUGGCCAGUUUUACCAGGAGGUGCUGUGGGGCUCUCCAGCAGCAUCAGAUGAUGGCAAACGCACGCUGAGGGUUCAGGGCAAUGACCACUCUGCCACCAGAGAGCGCAGGCUGGAUUACCAGGAGGGGCCCCCGGGAGUGGAGAUUUCCUGCUGGUCUGUGGAGCUGUAGUUCUAAUGGAAGGAGCUGUGCCCACCCUGUACACUUGGCUGCCCCCUGCAACUGCAGGGCCGCUUCUGGGGCCUGGACCACCAUGGGGAGGAAGAGUCCCACUCAUUACAAAUAAAGAAAGGUGGUGUGA